AUUAAUAUUCCAGGAGAUACCCUUCUUAGCUCCUGAAGUUUCCCAGAACACUCUUUUCUGGCAAAAACGAAAAUAACCCCUUCCCCCAAAUCCCGAUGCCUCCUCCUUCUACGCUAUCUGUACCAGCUCUGCUCUAACUCCAAUCCUGCUUUCUCUUUUGGUUCAGUUUCCAUGGACCAAAAUUCCGCCUUUCCGACAAGCUGGCCAGAACGGCGUCGUUCCUAGAUCGUGUGACGCCCUCCAUUCAAGUCUCAGAUCUGGUGACGUGACCACGCAAUCCUGCCCCUCGUAUUUAUACAUUCUUUUAAUACAGAAGAAUCAAUUUAAGCAAACAAAGGAUCCGGUGAAGAAUGGACGGAGAUGAACUUCGAUCAAUUCUGUCAAAUUCGAAAACGGAUGUGUGGACGCUGAUUGGGACGGCGAUAGAGGUGGCAUCGGUGGACUACGCCGAUGAGUUGAAGGAUCGGCGCGACAGAAUCGUUGAGAAACUGUACUCGAUUCGCUGCCGAAACUGCAGCGACCAAGUCAACGGUCACUUCGGUGCCGACGAUGUUGUGAACUUCAAUAGUGUUAUUAGUAAGAGUCCUUCGAGCCCGGAGUCUAACCAUCCUCGUCAUGUUGAUGAUGAACGGGAAGAAGGUGAACGAGAAGAAGAUGAUGAUGAUGAUGCUGAUCCGUAUGGAGGUCUGUUUGACGAUGAGCAGACUAAAAUUCUAAGAAUCAGAGAGGAGCUUGAAGAUCCAGAACAGUCUGAAGAGUCUGUGAUUGAGUUGCUGCAAAACCUUGAAGAUAUGGAUAUUACGUUUCAAGCUCUGAAGGAAACUGAUAUCGGAAGGCACGUGAAUCGACUGAGGAAGCAUCCAUCAAAUGAAGUGAAGAGAUUGGUGAAACAGCUAGUCAGAAAAUGGAAAGAAACUGUAGAUGAAUGGGUUAGGCUUAACCAACCAGAACAAGCUUCUUCAAAUCUAAUAGCUGAGGGAGACUCGCCCCAGCAGAACUUGUACAAGAGUCAACAGAAUGGUCAUCAUCAGGUACCCGAUUUUGGAUAUUCUCCAAAUCCAAGAAAUGGGAGCUCAAGCUUAGACCGGAAUAAUUCAGAACAGGAACAGAAGCCAAGAUCAGUCUCUAGGAAUGGAACUCCUAAUAAACCAUUUCAAUAUGCUCCAAAGCCAGCUUCAGCUCCUCCUCCAUCUAGGCCUCCAAGGGAAUCAGUGGUAGAUGUGGAAAAGCUAAAUUCAGCUAGGAGGCGGCUUCAAGAGAACUACCAAGAAGCACAAAAUGCAAAAAAGCAAAGGACAAUACAAGUGAUGGAUAUUCAUGAGAUUCCAAAACCAAAGAACACCUUCUUUGCCAAGAAUAAAGGCAGCUUUCAGGGAAGGCAGCACCGUUAAUGCGUUGAAUAGCCCUAUUUGAGUGUACAAAUAAUACUCUGCUUUAUUUUUACGGUGCACUCCGACAUUUUGUGAUAAUGGGAUUUUACCCAAAAGUGGGAAAUCCCUAUUCCUGUACUUUUUUUAUUUUAUUUUCUUGCCACUAUAAUUAAGCACACAGGCCUUUCUAUUCAUAUAUAAAGAUUACCUUCUUGGAUUUGGAUAAUA